UUUUCCAACAGCUCUCUUUCUAAGUGGUGGGCAGGCUCUUUUUCUACGUGAGAGAGAGAGAGAGAGAGAGAGAGAGAGAGAGAGAGAGGGAGAGAAAGACCCCCAUGGUGCUGUGAUUUGACUAAACAAACAGCCGGGCUCAGUGCGGUACCUCCUCCAACAGACUCCUGGGACAGCACAGAUUAACCUCAGACUCUGAACAUCUGAGGGAUCUAUACAUUUGAAGCAGCAGCCCCUGUCGAGACAACCAGCUGGAAAUCUCUCCUCUGAUUUCCUUCUGUUGGCCGCCAACCUCCUUGGACGGAGAGGGGAGAGACUCGUCUGUGCUUCAAGGAUCAGCCUGAAGAAAAAUUAAAAAAAAAAAAAGUGGUAGAAGGCUUCCACCAUGAGGAGGGUGACGGGAUCAACGCACCACCUGACACUUAUACUUACAGCCCUCCUGUAUUUCUGCACUGAACUGUGCUGCCUGGAGAUCACACCUGACGACAAAGAGCUGGUCCUGGCUGAGGGCUCCUCUCUCACACUGAACUGCUCCGGCUCUGGGGAGACGACCUGGGAGUUUAAGAAGGACGACGUGCCGUAUUUUCAAGUUGAACAAGUUCCAAAUGGCCGUCAAAGCUACCAAAUUGUGCAAACUGACGCCAGGUCCAGUGUUCUGACCUUGUGGAGCGUGAGCUGGAAGAGCACAGGCGUGUAUCUGUGUAUUGAUCGCCACACUGGAGAAACUAAGGAGGUGGCUGUGUUUGUCCCAGACCCUGACGUGUGGUUCAUAGAGCGCUCCCACGGCAUGGUUACAAAGACCAGUGAGGACAGCACGGUCCCCUGCGUGGUCACCAACCCAAACAUCAGUGUCACGCUGUAUGAGAGGGACACUGACCUGCCCAUCAAGGGGCUGUAUGUUCCCAGUGAGGGAUACAAGGCGGUGCUGGAGGACAGGACCUAUGUGUGCCGCGGAGAGCUGAACGGGGAGGUGAAAGACUCUCAGGCCUUCUACGUCUUCAGCAUUUUUGUCCCAGAGGCCAUGGACAUCUACAUCAAUGCCUCAAAGACGGUCCUGAAGCAGGGAGAAGCGCUGACAGUAAACUGCACGGUGCACGGAGUGGAGCUCGUGAUGUUUUCUUGGGAUAUCCCCAACAGAGAUUCAAAUGACAUCGAGCCGCUGACAGACGUCUUUUCCAGCACGAGCAUGCGCUCCUGCCUGAUCUACCCUUAUGCCCAGUUGGCCAACAGCGGAAACUAUGUCUGCCGUGUCCACGAGGGAGUCCUAGGUCAGACCGCCUCUGCCAGCGUCAACAUCACCGUGCUUGAACGCGGUUUUGUGGACGUAAAGCCUGCUCAGCAUCAAAAUAUUUCAGCCAAGCUGCAAGAGAACGUGGAGCUGAGAGUGGAGAUCGAGGCCUACCCUCCUCCUCAGAUUCGCUGGACCAAAGAUGGCGCCACCAUCAGGGGAGACAAAACCAUCGCAGUCAGACAAGAGCAUGAAAUAAGAUAUGUCACUGUUCUCACCUUGGUGAGGGUGAGGACGGAGCAGCAAGGCCUCUAUGCCGUCCAUGUCACCAAUGAAGACGACACAAAGCAAGUGACCUUUGAUUUGGAAGUUCAAGUUCCCUCCCAGAUUAAAGGCCUGAUCGACCACCAUCUCCCAGGGAAGAGACACUUGGUGACCUGUGUAGCUGAGGGGGUCCCGACCCCGACCAUCCAGUGGUACAGCUGUGACAGCAUGCUCAAGUGUAACAAUCAGACGAUGGUGUGGCAGCCGCUCUUGCCGGAGCCGGAUGUGCUGAGCAUCCAGACCAACGUGAGCUACAGCCAAGCACGGAAAACCAGCCAGGUGCGCAGCCAGGUGACCUUCCAGAAGCCCCAGCAGGUGACGGUUCGCUGUGAGACCAGCAACGAGGCGGGCCUCAUCGACAGAAGAGACAUCAAACUAGUGUCCAGCUCUCUGUACUCCCAGGUGGCAGUGUUGGGUGUUGUUCUCGCCUUAGUGGUCAUCGUGAUCAUGUCUAUCAUCAUCCUCAUUGCUGUAUGGUGGAAGAAACCUCGCUAUGAGAUCAGAUGGAAGGUGAUCGAGUCGGUGAGUCAGGACGGACAUGAAUACAUCUAUGUGGAUCCCAUCCACCUUCCCUAUGACCUGGCCUGGGAAAUGUCUCGAGACAACCUGGUGCUGGGUCGUACUCUUGGAUCAGGAGCGUUUGGCAGAGUGGUCGAGGCAACUGCUUACGGUCUCACACAUUCUCAGUCCAGCACAAAAGUGGCAGUGAAAAUGCUGAAAUCUACAGCCAGGAGGAGUGAGACUCAGGCCCUCAUGUCAGAGCUGAAGAUCAUGAGCCACCUGGGUCCUCACCUCAACAUCGUGAACUUGCUGGGAGCUUGCACCAAACAUGGCCCUCUGUACUUAAUAACUGAGUACUGUCGCUAUGGCGACCUGGUGGACUACCUGCACAGGAACAAACACACCUUCCUGCAGUAUUAUGCAGAGAAAAACCAAGACGACAGCUGCCUCAUCUCCAGAGGAAGCACCCCUCUGAGUCAGAGGAAAGGCUACGUGUCUUUCGGAAGCGAGAGUGAUGGAGGCUACAUGGACAUGAGCAAAGAUGAGCCCUCAGUCUACGUUCCCAUGCAGGAGCAGAUAGACACCAUCAAAUAUGCAGACAUCCAGCCUUCUCCAUAUGAGUCCCCCUACCAGCAGGACCUCUAUCAGGAACAAGGUGGCAACAGAUUGGAUCUGGCGAUCAGCGAUUCUCCCAGUCUCACCUACGAUGAUCUUUUGGGUUUCAGCUACCAAGUGGCAAAGGGGAUGGAGUUCCUCGCUUCCAAGAAUUGCGUCCAUCGGGACCUGGCUGCCAGGAAUGUGUUGAUCUGUGAGGGCAAGCUGGUGAAGAUUUGUGACUUUGGCCUGGCCAGAGACAUCAUGCAUGAUUCCAACUACAUCUCUAAAGGCAGCACCUUCCUGCCCCUGAAGUGGAUGGCACCAGAAAGCAUUUUCCAUAAUUUGUACACCACCCUGAGUGAUGUGUGGUCAUACGGCAUUCUUCUUUGGGAAAUUUUCACACUAGGAGGAACCCCCUACCCUGAUUUGCCCAUGAAUGAAUUAUUCUACAGUGCUUUGAAGAGAGGCUACCGAAUGGCCAAACCCGCCCAUGCCUCUGAUGAAGUUUAUGAAAUCAUGAAGAAGUGCUGGGACGAAAAGUUUGAGAAGAGGCCCGAGUUCUCCUUCCUGGUCCACAGUGUGGGGAACAUGCUGACUGACGCUUAUAAAAAGAAAUACAGCCAAGUCAACGACAACUUCCUGAAGAGUGAUCACCCCGCAGUCGCCCGCACCAAACCCAGACUCUCCUCACCCUUUCCCAUUGCCAACCCAGCAUUUGGCUCCCCGUCUCCCAUCACCCUCUCCUCCCCCCCGGAUCCCUACAGUCAGAGCCCGAGGCCUGGAGACUUCAGGCGUGAGGCAGACACACAGGAGGUCAUGGCUUCAUACAACGAAUACAUCAUUCCCAUCCCAGACCCAAAGCCGGAGGAGGUUUUUACUGAUGUGCCGUCAGAAAGCCCUGCAAGCUCUCUUGCUCUGGAGGAGGAGACUGACUCCAUGUCUCAGGACACAGCUGACACCCUCCCAGAGGAGGACAGGCUGGAGGACACCAGCGAAAGAGACGCUCUGCUGGGCUCUUCCGGGACGCCCGAGGUAGAAGACAGCUUUCUGUAGCCACAAGUAUAAAUCCUGAGAAAACAGAGCCCCUACCUGGGAUUCUUUUUUCUUUUUCUUUUGUUUUGUAACAUGCCUAAAAAAGGGAACAUGACUAAUGAAAAUGUAGCAAAACUAAGACUAAGGGGGCAAAUCUCUGUAUUUCCACCAGGCACUUAAAAACAUUCGCCCUCUUUGAGGUUUUACAAACAGUUACAAAUAAUUAAUAUAAUGCUAUUUUUCAGUCUUUUUUGAAAGCUUGCCAUUAUAUAAAUGCGGUACUCACACUCCUGCACAGUCAGCUUACAGUAAGUAGUGACAAAUUUACUGUAUUUUCCAUUUUAGCUAGACAUUUUCUAUUUAGAUACAUCUAUGUAUCCAUGUGCCUUUUUUGGUUAUUAUUACUGAAUCCCCACUUUUAUUGUUCACAGGCAAAUGAGAUCUUUGAAAAGUGGAUUUUUUUGUUGUUGUUGUUUUUUUGUUUGUUUUUGUAUUUUUAAAAAUGCAAAAUGAUGACUGCAACAAUCAAAACAAACUUGAAACCAACUUUUUCAAGUCAAAACAAAAUAGUUCCUAAACAAGAACACUUCUUGUACAAGCAGGAACAUUACGUCCUCAACCGUGAUCAGAUAUAAAAUGUUAGAAACUGAAUCGACAUCAAAAUGAUGAACACAACAAUCAAAACCAACUAGAAAACUACCUUUGAAUGUAAAAACGAAAUAUUUCCCAAACAAGACACUUCCUGUGAAAGCGGGAACAUUAUGUCCUAAACCUAGAUCAGAUAUACAAUGUUAUGAAUUCAAUUGAAUUUGUUUUUUGUUUGUUUGUUUGUUUUUUUCCUUUUCUUGGGUACAAUCAACGCCUGUUUUCACUGUAUUAUAACAGUUUUGUAAAAUGUUAUUUCCAGGACCUGAAAUGCAGACAAAUUCCACAUGCACUGUUUUAAUGUGAGAUAUAGUUUCCUUUUAGUUUCAUAUGCCACAUGUGUCAGUAUUUUUAUUUGUGAAUUUCAAAUGGGAUGUUGAAUUUUGAAUACUUGUUUUGUGUAGGCUUAAUUCUUAGUUCUGUGCCAGAUCUGCACUUUAUAUAGAAAAAAUAUGUGGAUAUUAAGAUGUAAACUUACACUAUGUGAACGAUAGAAAGCUACAAUUGAGAAUUAUUAGAGCAUCUGACCUAUAAAUGAGGCUGUUCGAGCAGCUAUGAUGUCCAGUUUCUGUGAAGACAGGUGACUCUCUCGAGUGAAAUUAAUAAAUACAGCGUCUCACUGCCUUAGCACAAGAUGGCACACAUGAGUGCCUUUGUAUAGACUGCGUCUUGUUUUGCAGCUGUUGUUGCUUGCCAACAUGAAGGGCUACUGUACUCAAGUAAUGCAAAAACAAUACAUUUAGUCUUCUGUUGCUUUGGAUUGCAUUCACUUACACUGUGUUUUUUUUUUUUUUUUACUUUCAAUACUUAGUCCACCAUUUAAAAACAGCACAUUUCUUGUAGCGUUUGUUACUACAUUGUAAAAUGCACAACAUCACUGUAUCACAAGCUAUGGUACCAAAGCUCUUCUUAACGUUUACAAAUGUAUUUUUUAUAUGUGUCAUUUUAUAUGUUGUAAAUGUGACAAUAAAUGAGUAUUAUUGUAGUA